AUGCAUCAGCUGUUCGUGAGAAUCUGGGAGCAGGAAGAGCUACCGGAGAAGUGGAAGCUGGAUAUUGUAUCGUUGCUACAACUCAGCGUAAAACUUAUUUUAUUCUACCCGAAAUGGAUUCAAAGUGAGAAGAACAUAUCCAUUGUAAGACAACUGAAAAAGGGCUAUGAGGUCGUGUAUGGUCUGGACAACACUGUGGAAAUCUAUCGUACGAAUUUGUUUUCGAAACAGAAAAUUGCACUCGAUCCACAAAACAUUGCUAUACCGGAUGAACAGCAUGAUCUGCAUGGCUAUAGGAUAAAAAUGUACUGUGAGAACUUUUUACUCAAGGUGCCAAAGUUUGAAAAAUAUUUUUUAGAGCAGGUCGCUAUCAAGAGAAAUGCCACUGCCAUUCAAACAAGUGAUACUUCACGAGGCAUAGAAGUGUUGCCAAUAAUUAAUAUGCAGAAUAUGGUAUACAGUUGGAUAAUACCUGCUUUUGGCACCACUUAUAAGGCGGUUAAGGUGCCUCGGGCUAAGCCUAAGCCAAUCGUUUGGAUACUGAUCGAUCCUUUUGAUCUGUAUGUAUGGAUCACUUACUUGAUGCUCGUUCUAACGAUGGCGAUUAGCAUAUCGUUGUUCGGAAAGCUUCUUGGAAGACGGCGUUUCAUGGAGAUCGUUCUUGAGCUCAUUAUGAUGUGUCUUGCAGGUCCAUCACGAGCUUACGGUGGAACGUUUGAAAACCGAAUAAUCACCUUGUUCUGUCUGAUCGGUAUAGUUUUGAUUUCGUCCUAUCAAUCAUUGAUAAUAUCGUUUAUGUCUUGUGCACGAUAUGGCCCUGAGAUAAAUACAUUGAAGCAGAUACAUGAUCGAUGUCUGUUUCCGGAUGAUCUUUUAGAAAACUAUCGUUUUGCUGAAACCAAAUUUCUCGAAUAUUUGAUCUGUUUUUCUAUUCAACCUUUUCUCAGGGAGCUUUUCUUGUUUUACAUUCAAGCAGUGUUUGAGUCAGGCAUCUAUGAAUACUAUUACAACAACAAAACGAAGCCUAAUUGGCAAUAUCAACAUAAGACAUUUGUAGAAAAAGUGGUGAGGCUAGAAGACCUGCUAUUACUGUGGUAUGCAUUUGUUCUUGGAACUUUGAUGAGUAUGUUAUGCUUUGUUGUCGAAAUGGUUGUACAUAAAAUGUUGAAGGGUUUCUUUGUACAUCAAUAAAUUAUUCAAGUAUUUGUUUGGUUUGGUAAUUUAAGUGUGUCCAUGAUGUUCUGUAGUAAACUUAAUGUUUUAUAGUAUUUGUUUUUGCGCAUUGCUUUAGUAUUAGCAUAGUUGAAUUAGCAUAGUAAAGUAGGGUACUCAACCUGCUUAA